UCAGGCGGCGGAGCGGGAGGCCGCGGGCGCCGCCGCCUCCUCCUCCAUGGCUGUUUACCCGGCUGCAUUGUGGGAGUUUGACCUCCGCCGCCGCCAACCGCCGCCUCAGCUUGCGCCGCCGCCGCCGCGCACGCCAUGGGAGCCGUGACUGACGACGAAGUCAUAAGGAAGCGUCUCCUAAUUGAUGGAGAUGGUGCUGGAGAUGAUCGGAGAAUUAAUCUGCUAGUGAAAAGUUUCAUUAAAUGGUGCAACUCUGGAUCCCAGGAAGAAGGAUACAGCCAAUACCAACGUAUGCUGAGCACACUGUCCCAAUGCGAAUUUUCAAUGGGUAAAACUUUGCUGGUAUAUGACAUGAAUCUCAGAGAAAUGGAAAAUUAUGAAAAAAUUUACAAAGAAAUAGAAUGUAGUAUUGCUGGAGCACAUGAAAAAAUUGCUGAGUGCAAAAAGCAAAUUCUUCAGGCAAAACGAAUACGAAAAAAUCGCCAAGAAUAUGAUGCUUUGGCAAAAGUGAUCCAGCAUCAUCCAGACAGGCAUGAGACAUUAAAGGAACUAGAGGCUCUGGGAAAAGAAUUAGAGCAUCUUUCACAUAUUAAAGAAAGUGUUGAAGAUAAGCUGGAAUUAAGAAGGAAACAGUUUCACGUUCUUCUGAGUACUAUCCAUGAACUUCAGCAAACACUGGAAAAUGAUGAAAAGCUCUCGGAAGUAGAAGAAGCUCAAGAAACAAGCAUGGAAACGGAUCCUAAACCAUAAACCAGCUAAUCACUCACCAUUCCCAAGAAUACUGAAGUAGCAACGUGAGCUUACUGUGUUUAGCAUUUGUUGUACUCUUGAGAUAUUUAAAGUUUUGGCAGUGAACUACUUGGCUUUUAAAUAUUAAUGUACGGUUCAUUCACAUUUUUUCACACUAAGGAAGAUGCCUUCAUCAUAGAUUUGUUUUUAUUGAAAUGCCUUUUUUAUUCUUAAAGUUGAAAGGAAGCAACAUCCAAAAAUGUUUAAUAAAAUGUUUUCCAGCCAGA